AUGAAAUCUGAAAAAAGAAAUAAGACUAAUGUGGAAACAAAAGAAAUUAAUGUAGAAGUGAGUCAAGCAUCUACUAGCACAUCUCCAAUAGAAAUUAAAUUCAUUCAUUUUGCAUCAAUAUUUACAGAGCUUUCCCAAUUAGGUUUCGAAUACAAAAAUAGGAAAAAUCAAUUGGAAACUAUAAGAUUUACCACUGAUAGACUUAUUAGAAAUAUCAUAAUUAACGAAUAUGACAUGAAAAAGUUUACAGAUAUUAAGAAUCUUCUCAGCCCUAUCCAAAUUAAUUCAAAAUCGAUUUAUUCAUCACAAAAUCCUCAAGAUUUAAUUGAAUUUCGAAGCAAAUUUCAAAUCCAUGAAUCAAUGAAUAAUCAAAUUAAGAAAAGUGAUUAUGGAAAUUUUCUUAUUGAAUUUGUAAAGAGUUUGAGUGAAAUUUCUAAAGAAAUUAAUGAAUUUUUGAAUGGUGGAGAAGAAAUUCCAUGUAAUGAAAUAUCGAAUUAUGAAGAAUUGGAAUUAACAUUUGAAGAAUAUUCGACUAAUUUGGAGAAAUGGAUUAAUACAUGUAAUAAGCAAUUGAGUGGAGUUGCAAAUUUUCUUUCAAAUUUUUCAAGUAAUAUUUCAACACUUGAAUUUUCAGAAAUAAGCAAUGAUACAAAUGAUAUUGGAGAUUCCAUUUCAAAAUUAUUUUCCUUAUUGAAAGAAAAUCCAAAUUUGGAAUUGUAUCAUUUAUUGAAAAAGAAAUUGAAAGGAUAUUGCUACUUUAUUGAUGAUAUGAAAAAUAAUUGCCUUGAUUUUAUCAAUAAUAUUACUACCAUCUGUAAUGAAUUUAAAAAUAUGCAAUUAACUUUAACAAUAAUUUCUAAAUUUGAUAUUUCUAAAUAUGGAAUUAAUUACAAAUUAAUGAGUGAGAACAUUGAAGCACGCAAAAGAUCAAUUGAAAUUGAGAAAAAAUUGUGGGAAACAAACAACUCAACAUCAACUGCGCCCUGUCUAAAAAUUAUGGAACAAGAAACUGAACUCGAAACUCUUCAAAUUAACAGAAAUGAUAUUCGAAACAAAUCAAUUACACUCUAUCGAUCAGGAUUCUAUGAUUUACUAUCAGAAAUUAUAGGAAUUCAAGAUGUAAGCACUUUGGAAUUGACUACAAUUAGUGAAACUGCAUUUCUGAAUUAUAUGCUUAUUGAGGCAGUUGAUAAGAAUUCGAAUAUUUUCUAUCGUGUUAAACAAUAUUCAUUGGAUAAAAUUGAAAUGGUAAUUGAACAAGUUGAAAUUCUAGAGAAAAUCAAACAUUCAAAUAUUGCAGAAUUAAUUGGAUUUUAUCUUUGUCAAGAUAAACUUUGUAUUGUUAUGCCAUAUUACUCAAUUGGAACAUUGAAAGAUUUUUCAUCCAUUAGAUCAGGAUGGGAAGAUAUUUGGUUUCAGAUUCUUUCAGCCAUUCAUCAUUUUCAUACCUAUUCAUUUGUUCAUGGAAAUAUUAGAGCUGCGAAUGUGUAUGUGAAAAUUAUUGAAGAUGAACAAGUUAAAUUAAUAUUGGAUGGAUUUGAUAAUGUUGUGAAAAUAGAGGAAAAGGGAAACAAAUUACCAUUCCAGAAAGAAAUGUUUUGUUUCGUGAAAAUGGUAAUUGACAUCAUGUCAAUGGAACGACUCGAUGAAUAUUCAUCUCUUUUGAAAACGCUAAUGGACUCAAUUAAUAUUCGUGAAGAAAUUUGUACUUUAUCUGCAUCUGAGUUAUUAAGACAUGAAUUCUUUCGUGGGACAAGAAGAAAGGAAACGAAACAAAAGCCUUCCUAUUGGAAAUCAAAUCAAAAUAACAUGUCAAUUAUAGAUGUUACCGCUGAAUUAAAAGAGGAUAUUCAAGAUUUAUUGGAUAAGACAUGUGUAACAAUUACAUUAGGAAAGAAACGAAACCAUGAAAAAGAUUCAUUUCCAUAUAACAAGUUACAAGUUCUAAAAGUGGAAAGAAUUGAGAAUUUAUCACUUUAUGAAAUGUAUCUAUCAAAGAAGAAACACCUAAUUUCCUAUAAGGAUAAAAAGAAGGUAAUGGAUAUACCAAUUAGAAAUGAUUUUGUUGACGAAAUGUGUGAAUUAGAUUCCAAUGUGAAUGAAGUUUAUUUAUGGCAUGGAACAACAGAAGUAGUCAAGUCAAUCAUUUCAGAACACGGCUUUGAUGAAAGAUUGAGUGCUUUGAGUGGUUUGUUUGGAGCUGGAAUAUACUUUGCUGAUUGCUGUAGUAAGAGUGAUCAAUAUUGUGUUUCGAAUAAGGAUGGUGAGUGUUUUAUAUUUCUCAGUAGAGUUCUGUUAGGUCAGAUGGUUUUCAAAACAAGGGAAAAGAUGAGAAAUGAAAGAAGACCACCUGUCAUUGAAAACUCAAAUGGAAGAGUUUAUGACAGUGUUAUUGGAAGAUCCAAGUCGGUAUCACAACACACCUACAAUGAAUAUAUUAUCUAUGAUAGGAAUCAAUGCUAUCCUGAAUAUUUAAUUACAUACAAGAGAGUUUUAAUAUAA